GUUUUACGAAUGCGUCGCCGCCCACGACAUUCGUCCAGAACGAGCCCGCGCACCGCUCCUCGCCGCAAAGCGGUGCCGCUGGACUCCCUUGCAAACAAAGAGAGGGCAGCCUCAGCGCCCCAAGAGUGAAAGCCGGGCAGCGCGUCGCAUCGGCCUCUGCGCGUCUAGAAUCGCCGGAGCUGCAUAUAUAUUGCUGCCUCCCAUCGCUUCGGGACACGUGCUUGCUGCAUCACUCGGUUAGGUGGGGCGGCCCCUACAGCGCACAAACAUGGCCUGGAGCGAGCAGCGCACGCUCAAGCAUGGCCGCGACGAACAUAUUGUGAGGCGAGGCGCCGACGGCGUCUAUCAUCUGGGACCGCCACCUAAACGCGCCGUCGAGCUGCGGAGCCCGCCGAAGGUGAAGCCACCUCCGCCCAAGGUAAGAAGGCGCCCUAAGACCGUUGUAGCUGAGCCCAAGGACGGCCCCUCGGACCUCCAGAAGCGGUCCACGAAGUUUCAAGUCGAGGCGAAGAUGAACUACAUGCGCACGAACGCGGGUCGCAUCGAACUCAUCGACCGACUCGAAGAGUACGAGCGGCAGCACCAGCUCGCGCCGAUCGUCGACGAGCCGUCCCGGAACUUUAUAAGGGAGAAUCUUGAGGUGGAGUAUCCCGACGAGACGAGGAGGCGACUAGCGGAUGCAAGGCGAGCUACGAUAGCAAGGAGGGAACGGGCCGUCAUCACCAAGAACGAGCGGGAACAGCAGGAGAUCACGCGACGGAACAUGGCGUCGCACGCGUACAAACAAGUAGCACAAAAACGAAACGAAGAGCUCGCGAAAUGCGUUUCUCGCUUGAACCGGUCGCAGGGGUCCGCGCGCUGCCGCAGAUGGUUGGGAUUGUACGUCACGGGCCUGUGGACCCUGAGACAAAGCGAAGCCUUGGCGCGAGACCGGAGAAAACGCGCGAACUUGAAGAGGAUGCGGGCCACGCUCCAGAUCAUCCGCUUUUUACAUAAGACGUGUAAGACGCGGACGCUGCACCGCGCGGCGUCCACGAUAUUGUACGUGGCUCGGUUGUUGAAAGCGCAGAACGGGUUUCGCAUGGCCUGCAAGAAGCUCUGCUUUUGUGUGGUUCGAACGCAGCGGUGGUGGAGACAGCGUUGUCUCUGUACGCAUGCUACGGAGGAACUGGCUUCAUUGCAGUGGUACGCCUGGGCUAAACGAAGGGACGUUGAUAGAAUAACACCGGAAAUUCGAAAACGAUUGAUACGGGACAUGUGGCGCGACAGGCGGCAAAAGCACUUUUUGGCCAUGAUCAACUGGGAGGCCUAUGACCUCAAGCCUUUAUUGAUCGAGGCGGUGUGCAUGGCGCGCGACCGGGGCUCGCGCGGGGAAGUGAGGGUCUUCUGUGAGGAGGUGCAAAAACGGGGCGACAUGACGUCUACGGCGUACCGGUACGGGAUUGAUGUGCAUGACCUCGUGCCGCCGCCGCGCAUGGCGCGACUUUUGACAAAGAAAGAGAUCGAGAAGCUCCAAUCGUUAGGGGCGCAGCAGAUGGACGUCGAAGCUAGGAACAUGCUCCUGGGGUUCACGUAAACAGUUAUUAGUCAGGCGUUUCACUAGCCUUCGCGCGGUCGCAGCACGCCCUCCACGCAUCGAUGAAGUCCCGGCAGUACUCCUCCUUGUGGUUGCGACGGGCGAGGCACCACUGGAUGGCGCACGCCUCCUUCUUGCACAUUUUCUGUUCGAUCGGGGCGUCGUCGGCGUGCUUCUUGCCGGCGCCCGUGUAGAUGAAAGCGCCGGUGUGGCGCGACAUUUUAUUACUUGGACAGCGUCUUCGAGAGCGUCUUCGCGAGCUUGAGUGCCUUGGCGGGAUCUUUCUUCACCUGCUCUACAAUUUUUUUACGAGUCUCGGGGUUCUUGAGCGCUUCCUCGCCGGCCUUCUUGGCGACCUUGAGGGCCUGGCCUUUGGCUGCUGCUUUGAGCGCGUCCAUAUGGGUCCGCUGCUGUGGGGGCUGCGUGCAGUGGUGUGGCUAGAUGGCGCCUUGCGACGUGCGAAGACUAUCUGCAGCGCGAAAGCACAGCACGUAGACGACGAAUAUCAAGGAAACGGAUCACAGUAGCUACGCGAUGCUGAGCCCCAGCUUUUUUGGCAGUCCCACG